AUGUCGAAGAACUUGGCGCCGGAAACGCCUCCAAGCAGAGGAAUCUCCUCUCGCUUGUUGACGAUGAAGUUCAUGCAGAGAGCUGCUGCGAACGGAUCUCCAGCGGAAUCAUCUCCCGACGAGCCUUCCUCAAAGAGGCGCAAGUUCCAGAACUCUCCUCUCACAGGAGACUUCCACUCCUUCGACCAGGCGGCUGUUCAGGCAGCGCUGAAGCAACAAGACGCCAAGCGGUUGGCCGCCUUGGAAGCGUCGAGAGCUGAAAUGGCGGACACGCACUGGGUGCUGGACGGAAAAUGGGGAAAAUCAGACAAUGCGGAAAGUGCGCCGCCGAACAUUGUGUACGUUGGAUACGCCGACAUUGACGGACCCGACGAAGACGACAACGAGGAAACCAUUCAGCAGGUCGGACGAAAGAAGAUUGGAAACGCCAAGAGCAAUAACGCAAAGAAGCCUACUGCUGCAGCCACUUCCAAGGAUGACAGCGACUCGAGCGGCUCUAGCGAUUCCGACGAAUCCAGCGACGACGACUCAACCUCGGGCGACGAAGAAACGCCAGCCAAAUCGAAAACCCAGCCUGUCAAGGGUCUGUCAUCCGGCGGCCAAGGACGCACAAGAGUAAACCUCAAGCCGAAGAAGUCGUCAGAGUCCGUCAAGGCUCAAGAGUUCCGGGACAAAAGAAGAAAGAAAGAAGUGAAGUUGAACCAGUUGUCGGGUAUUUCCAACAACUUCACAGGCAGCCCGGGUGGCGGCAUUUCUGGAGCUAGCAGAUCGUCUACAAUGCCUCUGAACAUGAAAUGCCACAACUGUGGCAAGGCGGGCCACAAGGUGGCAGACUGCCCGACGGCACAAAGGUCCGGCAAGCGAAAGUCAUUCCAGAGAUCCUGA